UUAAAUGUCAUAUGUCAAUACUCUGUCAAUCAAUCUGUCAUUCCUUUUUUACCGUUUGCAUUUUGUUAUCAAUUUAAUAGAUUAUUUAUUUAUUUAUUUACACACGAUGAGCGAUAAGCAGGAAGUGUCCGAGACGCUAAAAGCCGCGCACUCUUAUCUAACUCGCUUGAAGAAUCUCAAUAACAUGAUCCAGAACGCGGAACGUCAAAUACAAGACUCCUCGAAAGAAACCGAAAGGACCAUUGAAACGACUUUUAGCACCUUGUUGGCGAACUUGACGCAAAUUUUACUCAAUCGUAAAGACAAUUUAAUCACCAGGGUCCAAGAAACUAGGCACCAGAGUUUAGCACCUUUAGAGGAAUGUAGGGCCGAUAUUUCUAGACGAGUUGAAAAAACGCACAAACUGAUUUUCGAGGGGCAACGGCUACUCAACGGGGCCACCAAAAACGUAGAUGAAUUUAGCCAAAAGUCAAGCUCAUUGGGGAGUCUUCCGGAAAUACCUGAACUCAAAGAAGUGCCUUUCAUUUCGUUUCAAUGCGAACCCAGCGUGGAGUCAGAGUUGCUGGAUAUGUGUUCACAGUUUGGAGAAGUGUUUAAAAUCGCCCCAGUUCAAAUUAGCCAAACUGUUGAACGACCCGGCGCCAUUCUCGUCGAGUGGCAAAGCGUAGAAAACGACGACCGUUGCGUCGAUAUUCAAGAAUUCCGGCUGCAAAGAGCCUUUGGGGACGUUACAGCCCAGCAGCACUUAAAGGCAAAUUUUUCAGAUUGUUAUUUAGGUUUAGAGACACAGUUUUUACUUAAAGAUUUGCAAGCCAAUCAACUUUAUUCCUUUAGAGUGUGUUGCAAGUUUGAAGGGUCCAGUGAGUGGAGCCCUUGGUCGCUACCUCACGUAACUUCCACCACGAUAAAGCCGUUUUCGUGGGCUCCCAAUAAAGAUUUUAUUCUUGCCGACGGAAACAGGAUCGCCACUCCUGUUAAAGAUGCGCCGUCUGUGUUGAUCUCAGAUGGCCCCCAGUUCGCCGUUGGUUAUUCCGUUGAAUUUAUGUAUUUAGAGUUUGAUAAUAAAUGUUCUACUAUUGGAUUAAUCGUUGCUAAUGAUGCUAAUAACGUAAAACGUGUUAAAAGUGAAGAUCACAGUUACUUUGCUCUGGAUAGCACUGGUGAGAUUUUCGUCGAUGGAGUAAAGAAAUCUACAAAGUUACCUGAAGCCGCCAAAGGAUUAAAAAUUUGUUUCAUGUGUGAGUUGAUUCACGAUGACAAAGUCAGAGUCAACAUUGACACUUGUGAUAAACAGGUCACAUACGACUGGCAAAUAUGUAAAUCAGACAAGCUCUAUUUCGUAGCGCAAUUACAAUCACCUGCUAGUAAAAUUAUCGUUGAAUAAUUUGUUGUUGUAUGUGUAAAUAAAUAAACAUUUCUUUACCCUA